CGGGUGGCAGCUCGUGCGUCAGGAGGAGACAGAGAUGCCAUAACAGCAGCAUCACCGGCCGUUGAUUCCGUCUCAUCUGCUCCCUGUCGGUCCGCGCACCCGGUUCCGCUCCUUACCGGGUCGCCUCUCAUGCUGUGGCCGCGUAGCAGCGCGUCAGUCCGGCUGUGAUCGGAGGAGAGAAGCGGCGGAGCGUUGGCAGCAUCUGGAGGAUGCUCUGGGGUUUCCCAGCAGUCCCUUGAAGAUGAGUGUGACGUCAUGGUUCCUGGUGGGCAGCUCGGGGACUCGGCACCGCCUUCCCAGAGAGAUGAUAUUUGUGGGCCGGGAGGACUGUGAGCUCAUGCUGCAGUCUCGCAGCGUCGACAAACAACACGCCGUCAUCAACUACAAUCCCACCACCGACGAGCACCUGGUGAAGGACCUGGGCAGCCUGAACGGGACAUUCGUGAACGACCUGAGGAUCCCUGACCAGACGUACAUCACCCUCAAACUGUCCGACAUCAUCCGCUUUGGAUACGAUUCUCAUGUCUACAUUCUGGAGAAAAGUCAGCACACAGUCCCAGAGGAGGCUCUGAAGCAUGAGAAGUACAGCAGUCAGCUGCAGAUGAGUCUGAAGUCUUCAGAAAAGAAGGAGACGGAUGUGGAGGACCGAGCGAGACUGGAGAAAACCCAGAGUACAAAGAGUACACAAGAGACCCCGGGGAGUCAGCCCACUCCUUUGUACGGUCAGCCAUCUUGGUGGGGAGAAGAGGAUUAUGGGAGUAAAGUUCAAAGCAGCGCCGAACCUCAUGAAGAAGUCCAGAGAGAUGCUUCCUUGGUGGGCCUGGACUUUACCGGAUCUCUUGCAGACCCCCAACCACAGACCACUUUCCCCCCGUACCACCGAGAGCCCAGCUACUUUGAGAUUCCUACCAAGGACUUCCAACAGCCUAACACUUUAGGCUUGGAGCUUCAUGAGAUUCCCACCAAGGACACGGACAUGCCUAGAGCCUCUCCUCCCCCUCCAACUGCGACCCCGCCGGUGGUCCAAAGCCACGCCUCUUUCACCAUCGAAUUUGACAACUGCAUGCCCGGCAGGAUCAAGAUCAAGGACCACGUAACCAAGUUUACCACCCGGCAGGGGAAGCAGCAGGCCCCGCUCAACUGCCAUGCCCUCACCAAAGCCACGCCCACGGACAUGAUGUCAGUGGAGAGCAAGGUGGCCGAUUGGCUGGUCCACAGUGAUGUCAGCCUUAUGAGAAGACGUCCAACGUGUGAAGACACUUAUAGCACCAAGAGCGACCUCGCCGUCAACAUCAAGACGCUUAGAGGUCACCAUCACGAGGACGGGACACAGAGCGACUCAGAGGACCCUGUACUUUUAGAUGGAAGAAGUAAGUCUCACCACUCAAUCAAAUCAGAGCAGUCAGAUGUGCCGCACCCAUCAGAGUCCUCCGUCCAUGUCCAGUCGCCUCCAUCGCUGCCACCCAGCCAGCCGGUGCGGUUCUCUCCACUUGCACCUGCCCCUGCUCUACCUGUCCCGCCUGAGCGUCCUCUGUCCCAGAGUCCUCCUCAGGAUCAGUGUCCCGCCACAGACAAGCCCAAACAGUGCCCCCCGGAGCACCUUUCCCAGCAGGCCUUUGUCAUCGAGUUCUUUGACGACAACCCGCGCAAAAAGCGCUCACAUUCCUUUACACACAACCCGGGCCACGCAGAUUCCUACUCAGCCCUGAAGGCCAAGCUGGAGCGCCGGAAGGGCGGCGAGAGGCCGGCGUCCGUGCACGGUCACGUCCCCCCCACCCAGCAGGUGACGGUUCCUCUGAAGGGCCAGGGUCACGGCGGCCCCCAAAGGUCGAGCUCUCUGAAGAGGGAGAAGACCGAGGGGGAUGCGGCCUCCUCCGCCUCCUCCUCUCGCUCCUCCUCGACUAUCGCUGUCAAACCCUUCGGCAGCGUUGGGAAGAAGUCCAAGCUGGCUCAGGAGUUUGCUGCUGAGUUCUUGAAGGAUUCUAUGAGACAGGAUUCCUCCCCGACGAACGAUAAGAUGCCGCCCCCCCCGAUGUCUGCCCCACCGGUGAUGAUGUCGCCUCCUCGGGCCAGAAUUCCCUCUCCCCAAGAGUCUCUGGCACCUUCCUUGGUGUCCUUUCCCAGUCUCCCCUUGCAGCCCCCGCAUACGUCAAAGUCGUCGACCCUCCUCCAUGCUGCUAUUCAGAAUCCCUCCCCAAUCCACUCCUACGUUGCUCCUGUGUCCCCCAUCCUGCCCUUGGGCAUCCGGCUAGGAGACCCCAAAGUUUCCCCGAGGAUGAUUAGGAACGAGGAGGACGACAGCCUGAGUGAUGCAGGGACCUACACCAUCGAGACAGAGUCGCAGGACCAAGAGGUGGAGGAGGCUCGCAACAUGAUCGAUCAGGUGUUUGGUGUCCUCGACUCUCCAGAGUACAGUGGUGUGAACACUGGAGUCUAUAGACCUGUAAUAAAUGAUGGCAAGGAUGAGCAAGCUAACCUGCCUAGCGAUGGUAGCACUGUGGACCCGUUGCAUGGCUUUAUCCCAGCUGCUAUCAGCGGCCCCCCAACAGGCCCCACGCAGGUUCCGUCUGCUCAGGCAACAGGUCCAGAUAGACCGAAGUGGGUCUCACGUUGGGCCAGCCUGGCGGACGGUUACGCUGAGCCCGGCUCCAAUGUGCCUCAAGGGGAAUGCGUGGAAGAUUUGCACUUGGUGAGCCGGUCUAUGGUGAAUUACAGCUACGAUAAUUCAGAGUCAGAGUCCAGCCACAGCUCCAGAACCAGAAGGCUGCUUCCCCAGGUGCCUCCAGAAAAGCUAGACAGCGUUUCCCCAAGUAUCCUGAUCUGCCACGAGGGCUUUCAGGAACCUCUGGAUAGGGUCUCCAAUCCUCCAUGUCCACAAGACUCCACCCUGCGCCUGUGCGUUCAGGAUGAUGUGGACCCGGACAGCCUGAGCGACGCCAGCCGUUCAGAUGACGGGCCGGUUCUGGAGAACAUAAGAAAAAAACAGCCGAUGACCGGAUCUUUGUCCAUGGGGGUAGCCGGUCCUCCGUUCAAAGAUCCAGAGAAAGUGUCUCCCUCCUCCAAACCCACCUGCUUCUACAUUGGGUCUGACGACGGUCCGGGAAAAUCCGACCAGGCUUGGAGCCCGGUGCAGUCCGAGAGGAUCCGUGACCCCCCAACGAAACCCCCCGCUACCACCGUGCUGAUCCGACACCUCAGCGGGCAUGAACCCAGGAAGGCCGGCGUCAAACCCAACAGCUCCGCUCCCAACCUUAAAAUACAGGACAAGGAUUACGUCCCCACUAGAGACAUCUGCGUGUCCUCCAUUGUCCGGCAGGACAGCUUCACCAAGGACCGGCCUAGCGAUACCGUACAGAUGAAGAAGCUUCCACACAUCUCCAGCCACCCAUCCCUCAGAGACAUGGAGCAGAGAAGGGAGGCCGUCCAGGACACGGGGUCCUUCCUUCGGGAGGGAACUCCGACCUCCCUGGACUCUAAGUUACCCUCGUCUGGCUCUGGUCGUAGCUCGAAGAAAGGUGGCUCUUCCACCCACAUGGACGACUCCUUGUCCAGUGAGUCGGACGUGGAAACUGCGAGCACUGUGAGCCAGGUUAGCAGCAAGAACGCCCCAAUAGGCUCUACUUCCAAGAAGUAUGCCCCCAUUGGCAUCCUCCAGAAGGAGAAGUCCUCCUCUGGCUCUUCGGUCCAGCAGAAGGGACGACAGCUCUCCGCCCGCGAACGUCUAUCUGAGAAACGCCGGAACCAGACGACCAUGGACCCGUCCAGCAAGGCAGAGGCAGCAAAGCGCUUCCAGAUGCGGCGCAGCACGGGGACCCGCGGAUCUCUGGACCUCUCGGAGGGUAAACGGGGUUCUGCUCAACACUGGACCGAAACUACAUCGUCCGACCAUGAGAUCUCCCGGCCUACUGGGCGCGGCAAGAAACUGGUCGCCCCUCUUCAAAAUGAAGAUGGCGGGAAGACACCCAGGGCCGCGACCCAGCAAGUUCUGACUCGGUCCAACAGCCUGUCGGCGCCGCGGCCUACCCGGGCCUCCAUGCUCCGCCGGGCCCGCCUUGGCGAGACCUCGGACAACGAAGGUGCCGAGACAGACCGGGGCUCCCAAAACUCCGACCACGUUGCGUCAACGUUCAAAGCGCCGGCCGACGGGAGGAAGCUGUCCCGACUAGACAUCCUGGCGAUGCCGAGGAAGAGGACCGGCUCUUUUACAGCUCCCAGCGACACAGAGACCUCUUCCGCCGGCCGCUCUGCUUUCUCCAACCGCAACUCAGAACCCGGCACCCGGAUGAGGUCCAUGGGCGACACCCGCCAGACCACCAGUAAAGGGGGAGUACUUACGGGGAAGCAAUUGCGGACCCGGUCUAGUGGAGCCAAGUACACCACUGCCGGUUCCCGCCGCAGACAGAAGGGGUCAGACUCCUCCUCCUCCUCUGAGGACGAGUGCCCAAACAGUGCCGUGAAUCUCAAAACCAAGCGCUCCUCCCACCUGCCUUCCGCCGCCCAGACGCAGCGCCACCGGACUGCCGGCGCCCGAUCCAAGUCUGUAUCCGUGGAGACGGAGGAGGACGCGGACCCGAGCGAAGUAGACCCGUAUCAGAACUGGUCCACACACAGCGCCGAGAUCGCCAAGCUCAGCCAGGAUCUGGCUAAAGAUCUGGCCAUCCUGGCAAAAGAGAUCCACGAUGUCGCCGGAGAUGGAGAUGGAGAUUCGCCCAGCGUAGAGAACACCACCUACCCCAACACGCCGGCCUCCACCAUCUCCGCCAGGGAGGAGCUGGUCCAACAUAUCCCUGAAGCCAGUUUAAAUUACCAGAAGGUUCCUCCGGGUUCUGCCGCUGUCUCGGACCUGGACUUGAACAUGAAUGAGCCGGCGCCCGGUUCAAAGCACCGCCGCCCGUGCAACCGUGAAGAGGUCACCGUUUAAUCCCUGAGGCAGCGCCCAUGUGUUUAUUGGGAUUUAAUAGAACUCCUAAAAGCAAAGUCCAAUGAACUUCCCAACAGCCAACUUGUUGUCAGCUAGCUAUCUUAUGACCUGUUGUUAGUCUGACUCUGUUCUCUAGGUGACGUUAGUCUAGUGCCCCUAGACGCUGAACUGCUCCUUACAGCCACAAUAUACAAAUACUAUAAAUAAGUAAAUAUAUAUAUAUAUAUAUAUAUAUAUAUAUAUAUAUAUAUAUAUAUAUAUAUAUAUGUAUGUCUAGGUGGAGAUACACUUGUAAGUUUUGGCGCUAAAGGUCAUUGAGUUGUGGUCUUCAGGGAUCAGUAGAGUUGUAAUGUGCUUGCUGAUAUCCAGACUCCGGCCCUUUUAGAGAUAAAAAGACUUUACAAUACUAUAACAGUAAUAUUUUUAUCUUCCUGAGCCUGCAGUGUGAACAUUUGUAAAACUCAUCACACUAAAGGAGACUGAUGCAGUUAGUUUUGGUGCGCUGGGAGAUCAGAAGGUAAAGCUGCCGUUGAUGUCAGUGGUGACGUCUCACACUCACGUGGUUCCCCCUGUACGAACGCGGGUGAUUCUGGGACAACCUGAUGUUGAACCCUGUGUCCCAGCUGUCUCAGGCCAUCCGAGAGAACACAGGAACAGCUGGCAGAGAAAAUGAAGUAAGGGAGACUUUG